AUGGGAACCAAGUUGCCAGUUGGAACUUCAAUUUAUUUAGUCCUAAAUGACUGGAAUAUAAUCUUGAAUGUGGAAUCUACUGAAUGGGUCAAGGGAAAACCAAUGGAUGAAGUUUUGACAAUCAAGAACACUGAGAUUGCGAAGCACUUGUCCCUUCCACCAGUAAAGCUCCAUUGCAGCAUGCUUGCCGAGGAUGCGAUUAAAGCUGCUGUGAAAGACUACGAAGCCAAGAAGGCGAAGCUGGGGCAAAAGGGUGAAGACAGUCCUUCAGAGAAGGCUGCUGAAGCAUGA